AUGGGUGGGUUGUUCAGCAAGAAGUCAUCAACUCCUCCUCCUCCUAAAAACUGCGUAAUAACUGAGCAGGAUCAGGCAAUUCUAGUUAGUUUCUUUAUGUCUAUGGUUUUUGGUAUUCCUUUAAAAUUUUUCUUCCAGCAACUCAAAACUCAAAGAGACAAGAUUAAACAAUUUAUUCGACGAAAAGAGAGGGAUAUGGAGAGAGAAAGAGAACUAGCGCGGCAGCUCAUCAAGGAUGGAAAGAAAGACCGUGCCCUGCUACUGCUGAAAAAGAAAAGAUAUCAAGAAAAUGUCAUUGAACAGACAAUGCGACAUCUGGAUAACAUCGAUAGAAUGGUGCAUGAUCUGGAAUUUGCUGAUAUACAGCAACGAGUUGUUGAGGGACUUCGUCAAGGAAAUGAUGCAUUGAAGAAGAUUAAUGCGAUUUUCGAUAUUGAUGAGAUAGAGAAGCUCAAAGAAGAGACAAGAGAAGCCGCUGAGUAUCAGGAGGAGAUCUCUACUCUUCUAUCUGGUCAGCUUUCCAACCUUGAUGUGCAGGAGGCUGAACAAGAAUUGGAGCAGCUACUGGCAGCUCAAAUCAGCGAUGUCAAAUUGCCAGAUGUUCCAACUCACGAUUUGCCAGAGAGGCAAAGAGAGAAAGAACCAGCAAGCAAGAAACGCGAACGCGUAGCGGUAAUGACCGAUGUGUAA